UAUAUAUCCUUUUUAAAAUGUUCCGUUUUAUUUUUAAUUAAUUGAAUUUAUCAUUUUAUAUCUAAAUUUAAGGUAUGAGCCAAAUGUGUAUUGAUUUUGAAUAUCUCAUCUUUGGUUAAUCUUUUGCUAUUUUUUCACGGUAACAUUAUUUUAAAUGAAGAAGAGAACAUUUAUUACAAAUUUCUGGAACGUAUUUGUUGCAAUUAUCGCAUUUAUCUGUAUUCAUAAUUGUUGUUGUUUGAAUAAAUCCAAUUUUGAAGCAGAGGCCGACUUAUUCAAAGAUAUCGUUUCCAAAUUAAAGGUUGCCAGUGAAUCUGUUCCUACUCAAUCACAAGUGAUUGAUAAAAUAAAAAGUAUCGAUGCUCAAGAAUUAAAGAAAAUCGAUGAUAAAAUCAGGAAAGAAGAGGCCGAAGAGGCUAAGGAUCACGGGAGUUGCGGUUCUGUCUCUUAUGAGAGAGAUUAUUCUUUCGAAUGUCCAUCUGGCUGGACUCUAACUGAUGACGGUACUUGCUGGGGCAUGAAUUACAAGGGCAGCUGUGACUCCAGGCAAUCGUUCAAAUGGUUUUCAGUUGAUCAGAAACGAGAUAUAGAGAAUAAAUGCUGUGCAUUUUGGCCUAAGAAAAUGACAGCACGGGAGGCUGUUUCCAGAGUUGGUAAAAUGGAACUUGUUCACGGAAGUGUAAACUUUCAAGAUGGAAGAAUUAUACUCCCAAGAAAUUGA